CUCUCAUGCUCACCCUUUCUUUAUUAGAGUUCCUCGACCGACAUGUCCCUGACCUUUGUUCCCCGAGAGCUCUUCAAUCCCAGAAGCAAGAGCACAAGGACUAAAAAGCUAACAUACCCGCCUCUACAGGAGGCGUGGCUUCAAGACCGGAAGAAGCUGUUGCCAAGGGAACGUGCGCGCGGUGGCGCCUGCUCAGCCACUGAUGCUCCAAUCCUGCCAGAGACUGCGGGUUCCCGCACCUCGUAGAGGCGGCUUUGCUCCGGACAGGGGAUCCUUCCUAAGGAGGCGUAGAAGAGGCUGAGGCACCUGCUGUCAGCCUCCCAUCCCAGACUCGGGAGCGAGAGAGUGCCCCCAUUCCUGUUCUCGCCAGUUCCCGGUCUCUCCGGACUAGCCUCAAGCAUCAGUGCUUUGUACAUAUUUGAAUUACGUUAUGGGAUUGCUAGAUAGACUUUCAGACUUGCUUGGCCUAAAGAAGAAGGAGGUUCAUGUUUUAUGUCUUGGGCUGGAUAAUAGUGGCAAAACAACAAUCAUUAACAAACUUAAACCUUCAAAUGCUCAAUCUCAAGAUAUUGUUCCAACAAUAGGAUUCAGCAUAGAGAAAUUCAAAUCAUCCAGUUUGUCUUUUACAGUGUUUGACAUGUCAGGUCAAGGAAGAUACAGAAACCUCUGGGAGCACUAUUAUAAAGAUGGACAAGCCAUUAUUUUUGUCAUUGAUAGCAGUGAUAGAUUAAGAAUGGUUGUAGCCAAAGAAGAACUUGAUACUCUUCUGAAUCAUCCAGAUAUUAAGCACCGUCGAAUUCCAAUCUUAUUCUUUGCAAACAAAAUGGAUCUCAGAGAUGCAGUGACAUCCAUAAAGGUGUCUCAAUUGCUGUGUUUAGAGAACAUCAAAGAUAAACCGUGGCAUAUUUGUGCCAGUGAUGCCAUAAAAGGAGAAGGAUUGCAAGAAGGUAUAGACUGGCUUCAAGAACAGAUCCAGGCUGUAAAGACGUGAAAAGAUAGACUCUGGAAACCUCAACAAUUUUAAAUUCAACAAAUAAAUCUAAAGCAAACUGACUACAUUCAAUUUUUUAAAAGAAUGUACAUCCAAGAAUACUUGAAAAUAUUCUUCUCACGUUUAUGGACUCUGAGCUUUUUAAGAACAUAGAACUUCAGGUAUGCUAAUCUGGCCAUUAUAUAAAAACUAAAUCUUCCCUCAAAAGGACCCCUAGAAUUACCAGCCUCUUGGUAAAGGUCUACAUUUAGUUGUAAUUAGAAUUGUUUAAAAGUCAGAGUUAUUAGUCAUUUUAAUACCCUAUCAUGAUUUAUAUUAUCUUUGAUGUAUUUUAAUUUUUGUCUUUUAAAAAAUUUAGUGUAUGGUA